CUCCAGGAAUUUUACCCAUGGCAAUUGGGGAUGUCUUCAAGACAAUCUGUGGAAUUCCAGAUAGGGAAUUUUUACUCCGCAUCUCAUAUUUGGAAAUUCAUAAUGAGACAGUAAAAGACCUGCUGUGUAGUAGCAUCAGGAAGAAAAAACCUCUUGUUGUUCGGGAAGACAUCGGUAGGAACAUCUAUGUGGAAGAUCUGAUUAAAGAGGUGGUGAUUUCUCCAGAGCAAGUUAUGAGCUGGCUACAAAAAGGCGAAAGUGAGAUUGCAUUUCUCAAGUGGCUGACAAUUCUGAAACCCAUUUAUACAAGCUUUGUGCCUUAG